UCGGGUCUGCAGCGGCUGUCAGGAAGGUAAAAGUCCGGCUCAGGCACUGAACUCUGGGUCGUUGUUCUCCGUAGUUGAAGCUGAAUGGCUCCGCUGAAGUUCUGUGCGAAUAUCUCCUGGCUGUUCACGGAGCUUCCGGAAUUCAGCCAGAGGAUUUACGCCGCUGCCUCUGCCGGCUUUCGGGCUGUGGAAGCUGCCUGGCUCUACGACUCCGACCUGCAAGAGCUCCAGAGGGCCAGGGAGGCUGCAGGGGUGGAGGUGAUCCUCAUUAACACCCCGCCCGGAGAUGUAAAAGCAGGUGAUCUUGGCCUUGGAGCAGUUCCUGGAAGAGAGGCAGAGUUCAGACAGGGUCUGGAUCUGGCUUUAAAGUAUGCAAAAGCUUUGGACUGCAAAAGGAUCCACCUGAUGGCGGGGAGGGUUCCCGUGGGCUCACACAGGGCAGCGGUUGCCAAGGAGAUGGAGGCCAUCUUUGUACAGAACCUAAUCUAUGCUGCUGAUGUCCUCUCAAAGGAAGGAAUCACUGGUUUGAUUGAACCAAUCAACACAAGGAUCACAGAUCCCAGGUAUUUCCUGGACUCUCCUCAUCAGGCGGCUGUGAUACUGGAGAAGGUCGGAAAGCCAAACAUCAAACUGCAAAUGGACGUCUUUCACUGGCAAAUAAUGGAUGGAAACCUGACACAAAACGUACACAAGUAUUUCCCCAUAAUCGGUCAUGUUCAGAUUGCUCAGGUCCCAGGCAGGAAUGAGCCUGACAGUGCCGGAGAGCUCAACUACACAUACCUGUUCAACACACUGGAAAACCAUGGCUACCAGGGCUACAUCGGCUGUGAAUACAAGCCGCUGGGCUCCACAAAGGAGGGUCUGCGUUGGAUCAAAGAUUACUGGACACAGAGCAAGUGAUGAGCACAGGUCCGUGCUUCAUUUCCGCUCACGCAGACACAGAGAAUGGAAGUAAAGAGCGUGUUCUCACCAGGUACUGGAUGCCGUUGUCGUCAAAGUGUCUGCAGCUCUGGGGGAAGCGGUUCAGCAGGACUCUGAUCAGACUCUGGUACCAGGCUGGACCCAUGGUCAGGAAACAGUCCUGCAGCAACACAUCACACACUGCCGUUCUAACCAGCUGCUGCUCAUUCAUCCUGAGCUACGUCUGAAGAGAGCGUUUCAUUUUUGUACCUGCACAUUCAGUCAAAGUAAAAUACUGCAGCUGAUUAAUAAACUUUUUCCUGUUCCUGUUUGAUUAAUAAAGUCUGACAUAGUCCUAAGGUUCUCUGUGUAC